UGUCCCUCUCUCUCUCUCUCUCUUUCCCUCCCUGUUUCGGACAUGGAGAUGGCCCGCGCUUCCCAGACACCUCUGCCUUGUAGCAGCAAAUAUCUGCAGAGAAAGUGGGACAAAGCCCAUUAUGAGCAACACAAGAAAAAGAUCCAGACGGCAAGACCAGAGGUGGAUACCCAAGCUCCCUUGACCUUUGGCCAUCUUCACUUGAAGCUCAAGAAGCUGAAGCUAGAGGAGGAGAGGCUUUCGGUGAUCGAGAGGGAUAACGGUUUGCUGCUGGAGAAGAUGGCCUGCAUCAUGAGGAGCGGGGGCCGCAUAGAUAACCACAACAACUACAAGUGCAGAAGUUUAAACAGGGAAAAGCGAGAGCGGGAAAUCUCCCGCGUGAGCAAGGAGAAUCAAGCCCUCCUGCAAAGGAUCAUGAAACGGGAACCUCAGUAUCAAGUGAAAAAAUGGCAGGAAGAUUGGCAAGUGUUGGAAAGAUACAAGAAUAAUAUUAGAAGAUACCCGCUUGGAGGCUGGGAUGUGUGCAAAUGGAAGGAAUCAAAAUUCAACAAAAGGGGGACAAACCAGGCCCAGAAGGCCAAGCAGCAACAAGAUGAGGACGGAGAAGGCAAACUGAUGGAGGAAGAACCAGGAUUCGGGCCAAGAGGAUGUGUUGGGGAACGAUGCCCCCAGUAGAUGAUUGCUGACCCCCUUCAGCAGUGAUGCCAGGGCCAGAGAUGACAGCGAAGGAAGCAGUAAGACCUUGGUCGAGUCACUUUACUUCCCCGGGCCUCAGUUCCCUCAUCUGGAAUAUGAGGAUGAAGACUUGUGGGACAUGGACUGCGUCCAACCCGAUCAGCUUGUAUCGACCCCAGCGCUUCGCAUAAGUGCCUGGCACGCGGUCGUCGCUUAACA